AGAGAAGUGUCUGUAGGGGGAUAAAUAGCAAUGUCUCUCUUACUGUAAUAAAAAUUAAAAAAAUAUUACCGGAUAUUUUGAUCACAUCGCUCUUGUGGGAUAAGAAGAGAAGAAGACAGAAAGAAGAGCGGAGAGGGUUUCUUUCAUUGCCCUUAUCCUUUGUCGUUCCUCUGCUUCCGAAGCUGAACGCUCCGGCCUUGGGGAUCUGCCAAUUUAGCGCCCAGCCCUCAGAGGUUCACAAACUUAUCGCGCGGGGCUCCUCCGCUCAGACGGGGUGGAUGUGCGCGGCUAUACCGUGUGAGAGAGGACUCAGCUCCCCUCCAGGUCCACAAGACACUACGGCAAGGGCGGCGAGAACCAUCGCAGAGCCGCGGGACCCCCGAGCGGCCGCGCCCCGCGCCGCUUCCCAGUGUUUCAGCUGCGGGUGGCUGGACAGCGCCAGGACCACUUCCGCCCCUCCAUCUGCUAACCCCACCGGGCGGAUCUUCGCUUUCCAAAGGGCUCUUCGCUUCCCCUAGACGAAAACGAACCAUUAGAGACGGAAGGAAGACGCAACUGCUCUACCUUUUUUUUUUCCCCUUAAAAAAAUAAAUCCCGAGCUAGCAGUAAUAUAAGUCCACCCAGUUUGGAGCACCAGAGCGCAGACAGACUUUGCACCAGGUCACGGUCUCUUUGGGUCGCAACCGUGUGACUUGUUCUCCGCGAUCAGUAAAACUUGCCAGGGAGGAGAGGAAACCGAUUAAACCCAGGUGGCGCGCGUUGCACUUUUGCGGACCCCGGGGAGCUCGAAAAGUCCAGCGGAAUCUCAGGCAAAGGACACCAUGCCUCCCAAGUCUCUUUCCACCCUCGCCUACACCACUGGCGGGAAUCAGAGCAGUUUCCUUUCCGAGGUGUCCGAAAAGGAUUUCCUGCCCGGCUCCGACGGAAGCACGGCCGAGCUGGUGAUCCGCUGUGUGAUCCCGUCCCUCUACCUGAUCAUCAUCACGGUGGGCUUGCUGGGCAAUAUCAUGCUGGUGAAGAUCUUCAUCAGCAACAGCGCCAUGAGAAGCGUCCCCAACAUCUUCAUCUCCAACCUGGCCGCGGGGGACUUGCUGCUGCUGCUCACCUGCGUGCCGGUGGACGCCUCGCGCUACUUCUUGGACGAGUGGAUGUUCGGGAAGGUGGCCUGCAAACUGAUCCCAGCCAUCCAGCUCACCUCCGUGGGGGUUUCCGUGUUCACUCUCACCGCCUUGAGCGCCGACAGGUACAGGGCCAUCGUCAACCCCAUGGACAUGCAGAUAUCAGGUGCCGUGCUGGGGACCUGUGUGAAGGCCAUGGGCAUCUGGGUGGUCUCUGUGCUGUUGGCAGUUCCCGAAGCUGUGUUUUCAGAAGUGGCACAUAUUAAGAGCUCGGACAAUAGCAGCUUCACAGCAUGCAUACCUUACCCUCAGACGAAUGAAUUACAUCCAAAGAUCCAUUCAGUGCUCAUUUUUUUGGUCUAUUUCCUCAUACCACUUGCUAUUAUUAGCAUUUAUUAUUAUCACAUUGCAAAGACUUUAAUUAGAAGUGCACAUAAUCUUCCUGGGGAAUAUAAUGAACAUACCAAAAAACAGAUGGAAACACGGAAACGCUUGGCUAAAAUCGUCCUGGUCUUUGUGGGCUGCUUUAUCUUCUGUUGGUUUCCAAAUCACAUCCUCUACAUGUAUCGGUCUUUCAACUACAAGGAGAUCGACCCAUCUCUAGGUCACAUGAUUGUCACCUUAGUUGCACGCGUUCUGAGUUUUUGCAAUUCGUGUGUCAAUCCAUUUGCUCUUUAUCUACUCAGUGAAAGCUUCAGGAAGCAUUUCAACAGCCAGCUGUGUUGUGGAAAGAAGCCCUAUCCAGAGAGAUCCACCAGUUGCCUGCUCAGCUCUUCAGCAGUGCGUAUGACAUCUCUGAAAAGCAACGCUAAGAACCUGGUGACCAAUUCUGUUUUAUUAAGUGGGCAUGGCACAAAACAGGAAAUGGCACUGUGAUUACAGCUAUUCAACUGACUACUUGAAAAGAACUCACUAACUUUUGUGUUCCUUUUGGGCAGAGCAGAAUUAAUAGUUUUAGCUUAGCUUAGCUAAUUGCUUAUCUAGUUUGUUGGACUAUUUCAUGAUUGACUAAGAAAAGUCACAUAUUUUUCUCUGAAGAG